UCCAGUAGGCGCUGUUGCUGUUGUAGACUUUAAGGGUAGAAAAGAAGAAGAAGCUAAACCUGGCAACAUGGCGACUCCCAUGCACAGAAUAAUUGCGAGGAGACAAGCGGAGGCAAACAAACAACAUGUGCGAUGCCAGAAGUGCUUGGAGAUGGGACACUGGACAUAUGAGUGCACCGGGAAACGAAAAUAUUUGCACAGACCAUCAAGAACAGUUGAGAUGAAGAAGAAGCUGAAGGAAAAUGAAAACAAACCUCUCAGCAUCACAGGCAGACCAGGAGGAGAAAGCUCCAUUGAAAAGAAAAUCAAAAAGAAGGCAAAAGACUUGAGCAACGACAGCAGCAACGACUCAGACGACUCGUCCAGUGACUCAUCAGACAGCAGCGACUCCUCCAGCUCCUCUUCAGACAGCGACAGCUCUUCCUCAUCUUCUUCCUCCUCCUCCUCAUCGCCUUCAUCAGAGAGCUCAGACUCGGAAAGCAGCAGCGAUUCAGAUGAGGGACCUCCAAAAAAGAAGAAAAAGAAGAAAUAAACAUGUUGGGAAUUAAGGAGAAAUUUCUUGACAAUACUCGGUGUUUCAAAUAAAUUUUCUUUUUCUAAAAGCAAACCACAGCUGGUUGAAAAUUACAGCGGUGUGCUAAGGAGGGUGGGCUAGUCUUGAGCUUUGUUUCCCCUUGAGUUUUAAACGCUUUUCUGCUGUUACUUCUGCAGCUGAGACAUUUUCUAAUGUUUGUAUUUCUAGCAAGAAAAUAAACUUUAAAACCUGUCAAGAGGAACACACAAUUAUUCGAGUUCAUUUUUUUUUUUUUUUGUACUUAGUGUUUCCAGAUGAGCAGGUUCUGUACAACCUGUCAACCUGUUUGAAUAAACUUUAAGAUUAUAGUGUACGCUGAACAAAAUAAAUAUUCCUACUGUAAAAA